CUUGACCUGGAAGCCAACGGCACCUGUGAAGGAUCCAAUACGUGUCAGCCAGGAGUGAUCCUCCCCGUCUGGCAGCCAGACAACCCAUCUUUUGGGGACAAGGCUGCCAGAGCCAUUGUCUAUUUUGUUGCCAUGAUGUAUAUGUUCUUGGGGGUCUCCAUUAUUGCUGACCGCUUCAUGGCCUCCAUUGAAGUGAUCACUUCCAAAGAGAAGGAGAUCACCAUUACCAAAUCCAACGGGGAGACCAGUAUUGGUACAGUGAGGAUCUGGAAUGAGACAGUCUCCAACCUCACCCUCAUGGCAUUGGGUUCAUCAGCUCCUGAAAUACUUCUUUCAGUCAUUGAGGUCUGUGGUCAUAACUUCCAGGCAGGAGAAUUGGGCCCUGGCACUAUUGUGGGCAGUGCGGCCUUCAACAUGUUUGUGGUCAUAGCAGUGUGUGUCUACGUCAUCCCAAAUGGAGAGAGCCGCAAAAUCAAGCAUCUGAGGGUCUUCUUUGUCACUGCUUCCUGGAGCAUCUUUGCCUACAUCUGGUUGUACCUCAUCCUGGCUGUCUUCUCACCAGGGAUUGUGCAAGUGUGGGAGGCCUUGCUGACCCUUAUCUUCUUCCCUGUCUGUGUAGUCUUCGCCUGGAUAGCUGACAAAAGGCUGCUGUUCUACAAAUACGUCUAUAAGAGAUAUAGGGCAGACCCACGCAGUGGUAUCAUAAUCGGAACUGAGGGGGAGUUCCCCAAAGGCAUCGAGAUGGAUGGAGGGUUUGUGGCUAAUGACCACCGGGAGAGUGUCUUUGUGGAUGGCAGCGCGGCUUCAGUGGCUCCCCUUCCAGUCAUUACCCAGGAGGAGAAAGAACUGGACGAGAGUCGCAAGGAGGUCAUCCAGAUCCUCAAAGACCUGAAGCAGAAGCACCCUGAUAAAGAGCUGGAGCAGCUGGUAGAGAUGGCUAACUAUUAUGCCCUGUUGCAUCAGCAGAAGAGCCGUGCGUUCUACCGCAUCCAGGCAACCCGCAUGAUGACCGGGGCAGGAAACAUCCUCAAGAAGCACGUCACAGAGUUCUCCAAGAAGUCCACUAACCUGCUGGAGGUGUCCUCAGAAGCAGCAGUGGAAGAGAACUACAGCAAAAUCUUUUUUGAGCCGUUCAUGUACCACUGCUUGGAGAAUUGUGGCUCAAUCACUUUGACUGUGACUUGCCAGCAGGGUGGUGACACCUACAACACUUUCUACGUGGACUACAAGACAGAGGAUGGUUCAGCCAAAGCAGGCUCAGAUUAUGAGUACAGCGAGGGGACCCUGAUCUUCAAGCCUGGCGAGACCCAAAAGGAGCUGAAAAUUGGCAUCAUUGAUGAUGACAUCUUUGAAGAAGAUGAACAUUUUUUUGUCCGGCUGCUGAACUUGCGGGUGGGAGAUGCAGAAGGCAUGUUUGAGUCAGACUCUGCCGAACACCCCAAGGGGAGACUUGUGGCCCCACUGGUGGCCACAGUGACUAUUCUGGAUGAUGACCAUGCUGGCAUUUUUGCUUUCCAGGAUAAACUGUUAAGGGUCAGUGAGUGCCAAGGGACUCUGGAGGUCAAGGUGACCAGGAGCUCAGGGGCCCGAGGGACUGUCAUGGUCCCCUACCAGACGGUGGAGGGAACUGCUCAAGGAGGGGGUGUGGACUAUGAGGACUCCUGCGGGGAGCUGGAGUUCAAGGAUGAUGAAACAGUGUAA